AUGGCCAACCGAUACUCUACCUUCUCGAACAAAUCCUCUCAACUCGGUGCUGUCCGGCCAGCAGCCCAAUCGUCGACGCAGGUUUCGACGACUAGCCUUCUGAAUUCUCUCCACACUGUCUACGCCUCAGGGCAGACAUACCAACUCGACUCAAGCACGAGUAUCGCAGCCAACACAUGGCUGACCGCUAUCAACCCUGAUGCACAAGGACGAGUUGGCGGCACGGUCGAUGCCGAGAUCGCCUCAAGAGCCUGGGAGCAUGCGAGAAGAAGAGCAGAAGAUGCCUGUGUGAUCCUGGCGCACCUCCAUCCGUCCACUCCCUCGCUAUUCCAGGCCUUCCUACAAGUGGUUCCUCUACCUACUCCAUCAAUUGUGUAUACUGCGUUGUCAGCCCUGCGGCCAUUUUUGUCAUGCGUUACACCUAUCAAUCCUACCACAUAUCGACAGUCGUCCUUGAGCGCCAAGUACACCGUCGCACUUUCUGGAACCAUAACUGGCUUCGCUCUCGCCUUGUCAUCGUCAGGUAUCGACGUAGAAAAGGGACUGUUGAGAAUACCGUCCGAACCUGGCUACCGGGCUUUCGACGUUUUUCAUUACCUGUUGACGUCGGCUUCUACGCCUGCCGAACGUGAAUUCCUGAGUCUACAACAUCCAUCCGAAUACGCCCUCCUCAACAGAUCUGGCACAUAUGCACCUCCUAGCUAUCUUCCGGCUGCCGACGAUGUCGCGGCAGCAGAAGACUUCCGCACAGCGCUCAAGUCCAUUGGGAUUAAAGGGGCCUCUUUCCGAGGUCUCCUUUCUACCCUUGCUGGACUGCUUAAACUGGGCGAAACGAUCGGAUUUCUGGUUGAUUCUGACGUUCUGGAAGAUGUCUGUGAAGAUGUUGGAGCACUCAUUGGCAUUGAGCCUGAGGUGCUGUUGACGAAGUGCACCACCGACGACCGGGAAGUCUUGAUUGCUGGCAUGUAUGAAGCCUUGGUUGAUUGGGUAAUCUCGAAAGCGAAUGAAGCGAUUGCGGCGGAACUACGCGCAGGCGCCCUCACACCCGAUUCCAGCACAGAAAAUGGCGACGAAGUCAGCCUCACGGUUCUCGAAAUCCCUGGCGAGGCCCUCGGUAAGGCUGUUACCAUGCGCAAUGUUUUCGACGAGACCUUCGGGAUCAAUGCUGAAAUCAAGGAUGAUGGCAUUGAAACAGUGCCCGCUGGUCAUUCGGUGCUCAAGGAAAUGCAGGCCGCCGUGGCGGAGGCCGAGGCUGAUCUCGGCAUCAAAGCUGGGCCCCUCAGUCGAGAAAGAGACCAUGACCGUGACAGGCGAGAAACAAUCCUGGAGAAGAUCGGGCUGGAAGCAGAAGCUGGUGGCUUUCUGCAUACCCUCCUCUAUCCGGUGGACGGGGAAGGCCUGAACUUUGGUAAAACAGGACGUUUCGACCUCGGGGCCACUCUUGCCAGUAGCCGGGUCUGGCAUCAGCUCUCCAUUCACCCCACAGACGAUACUCCGAGCACUCUGGCUACGCUGGCCACUCCGACGUCGGCAUGGUCUGCAGGAGCGGUAUCUCGGCAGUUACGAGCAUGGCGAUUGCCUGAAUGGGCCAACCAUCGCAACAGACAUCUUGACUUCACAGCAGAUUUUGACGUGGAGGAAUUUGUGACAAGAUAUUCCAGGCUUGGCUGCAAAGAUGGCAAAGACGGUAUCGAAAGCUUUCUGCUUGAACGAGGAUGGACGAAUGGCGAGGUUGUGAUCGGGCGCGAGCGUGUUUGGAUGCGUGAAACAGCGUGGUCGGAAGCCGAGUCAAUGCUCGACAUGAAGCCAGCCGGAAGUGGAUAUUCAGACGAGGCAAACUUUGGCCAACCACUCAAUCCCUUUGCUUCCAACUACUCUGCCAAUGCACCUCAUACUGGCAGCGGCUUUUUCCCCCUGAUGGGCGACAACAUGAGCCUCCAGGACAGUCGAGAAAACCUUCUUGUCCAACCAGGCUUCGAUCGUGCGAAGUCGGUGGCCCCAACUAUGGCAAGGACAGUUCAGUCAAUCGGCGGCGACUACGGUCUAGGUCCCAGGGGAGACCCGAACAAAGAUCACGUAUAUUACGACCCUGACCUUGGACAAUUUACUGGUGAACUUGAUCCUGAGUUUGGGGACCCACGCAAUGUGGAAUCCAAAUCGACAUCCGCCGGACGGCAGGCCUGGGUGUCGGUUGUCUGGGCAUUAACCUGGUUUAUUCCAUCCGUGCUUCUGCGGUAUAUCGGCGGCAUGAAGCGACCGGAUGUACGCAUGGCCUGGAGAGAAAAAGUGGUCUUGGUCUUCUUUAUUUUCCUGCUCAAUGCCGUCAUUGUCUUUUAUUUCGUCGAAUUUGGAAGAUUACUAUGUCCGAACUUUGACAAGGCCUGGAAUGCGAAGGAGGUUGGCUAUCAUACGGGAACAAACGAUGUUUAUGUCAGUAUCCAUGGCAAAGUCUACGACAUUACGAAAUUCUACCGGCUGCAACACAGCGACACCAGCAUACAGACCAACUCUGAGAACAUGUUGCCGUUGGCAGGCCUAAACCUGGACGCAUAUUUUCCGCCGCCACUGAGCCGCGCUUGUCCGGGUCUCGACGUCGACGUCAGCGUUGUGUUGCAGCACAACGAUACAGAUGCUAUUCAAUACCCGACCGCAGUUCACACAUCUGGCCCACGUUAUCAAACGGACCAAAAAUCGGCCUUGUACAGCUGGAAUUGGUACAGUGACAAAUUCCUGCCCAAGAUCAACGAAUACUACAAGGGAGAUCUGGUCGUCACCAAGCACAGCAUACAGCAGCAAGGUGAAAAUGACCAAAGGAUGUGGGUCAUUAUCCACAAGAAGAUCUAUGACCUCACGGACUAUUUCUACACAUUGAAGAUGAUGAACAACUACGACACGUACAAGUUCUUCCCCGACGAUGUCAGCGAUCUGAUCUCCAACAACCCGGGGCUCGACAUCACGGACAAGUGGGGGACAAGUGCUGCAUUCGCAAACAGUCUCAACUGUAUGGACAAUGCUUUCUACGUGGGCAAGGUCGACUUCCGCAAGUCGGCCAAGUGCCAAGUCAACAACUACAUCCUCUUAGCAUUCACCUGUAUUCUUUGCGCCGUCAUCCUGAUCAAAUUCUUGUCCGCCCUUCAGCUAGGAUCCAAGCGUCGACCUGCUCCACAGGACAAGUUUGUGAUCUGUCAAGUUCCAGCGUACACGGAAGGCGAAGACCACCUGAGAAAAUCGCUUGAUUCACUCACGGCCUUGCAAUACGACAAUAAGCGAAAGCUCAUCUGCGUCAUUUGCGACGGCAUGAUUGUGGGAGGUGGGAAUGACAGGCCAACCCCCAAGAUCGUCCUCGAUAUUCUCGGAGUUGAUCCUAAAAUCGACCCCCCUGCCCUUCCUUUCCGGUCGGUCGGCAAUGGCAACGAACAGCUCAACUAUGGCAAGGUCUAUUCUGGCUUGUAUGAGUAUGAAGGCAACGUGGUGCCUUAUAUCGUCGUGGUCAAAGUCGGCAAGGAAUCUGAACAAUCCAAGUCUAAGCCUGGAAACCGCGGCAAGCGAGACUCACAGAUCUUACUUCUGCAGUUCUUAAAUCGUGUCCAUCACCGAUCUCCAAUGUCACCUCUUGAGCUGGAAAUGUUCCAUCAGAUCAACAACAUCAUCGGGGUGGACCCAGAGCUAUACGAGUAUCUUCUUAUGGUCGAUGCGGACACCAUGGUGAAGGAAGACUCUUUGAACCGACUGGUUGCCGCAUGCGCCAAUGAUGCAAAGAUUGCAGGUAUCUGUGGUGAAACGAGCUUGGAGAAUGAGGAGCGCAGUUGGUGGACCAUGAUUCAAGUCUAUGAGUACUACAUUUCGCAUCAUCUCGCCAAAGCCUUUGAGUCUCUUUUCGGCAGCGUCACUUGCUUACCGGGCUGUUUUUGCAUGUACCGCUUGCGCACUGCUGACAAGGGACGUCCUUUGAUCAUCUCCGAUAAAGUGAUCCACGAAUACUCCGAUUGCGAUGUUGACACGCUCCACAAGAAGAACCUCUUGUCUCUUGGUGAAGAUCGAUAUCUCACGACUUUGAUGACGAAGCACUUCCCGGCCAUGUCUUACAAGUUUAUCCCUGACGCCUACGCUCUCACGGCUGCCCCAGAAACCUGGUCUGUGCUGCUUUCACAAAGGCGACGAUGGAUCAACUCGACAAUCCACAACCUCGCCGAGCUUGUGUGGUUGAAAGAUCUUUGUGGGUUCUGCUGUUUCUCCAUGAGAUUUGUCGUCUUUAUCGAUCUGUUCGGUACCAUAAUAUUGCCGGCCACUUGUGUUUACCUCGUUUACCUCAUCUAUCGAGUAGCAUCUCACACUGGGCAAUUCCCUCUGAUUUCCAUUGUGAUGAUUGCCGCUGUCUACGGGUUGCAGGCUGUCAUAUUCAUCAUCAAGAGGCAGUGGCAGCACGUGGGCUGGAUGAUCAUCUAUAUCGUGGCAUAUCCCGUCUACAGCUUUAUCCUACCAAUCUACUCGUUCUGGAACCAAGACAACUUCUCUUGGGGCAACACGAGAAUUGUCAUUGGCGAGAAAGGGGACAAGAAGGUUAUUGCGAUUCAAGAUGAGGGUUUCGAUCCCCGAUCUAUCCCUCUCCAACGAUGGGACGACUAUGCUGCGGUCAAUAACCUGCCGGGUCAACGUGGAAACGACGGCGCUUACCAUGAGAAGGGGUUUGAAGUUAACUAUACUGAUGACCCCGGGGUGAUGGAAAUGGACGACUUGCACUCGACUUACUCAUCCGUCAAACCGUCCAGUACGAUCCUGACCGGCUUCCCCAAGCAACAGUAUCCGUACAUGGCACCGCCACGCUCACCGGCACCUUUUGGUAUGAACCACCGGGCCAGCACGAUGACUGGCUUGACUCAGUUCCGCGAUCAGCCCGUCAGUGUGCAUGGGCGAAACAUGAGCAUGAUGAGCCUGGGAAGCCAGGGCCGUCUUGUUUCUCCGUCGCCAGGUCCCUAUGCGGAUGCAUCCCGUGGUCCAUAUCAGAGUGGCUACAACGGGAUGCAACAUUCGGCAAGCCGGCCGAGCCUGCUAGGUAUGGGGACCAGCCGGCCAGCGUCGACGAUCAUGGAUUUCCGCACUGUACCGUCUGCCGGGCCAAGCGACCACGACAUUGUCGAUGCGAUCCGGGUGGUGUUGAGCGAAGUCGACCUCGACACAGUCACCAAGAAGCAGGUCCGGGCUCUUGUCGAACAAAGACUACAAAGCGAAAUUCCCGCGGGUGAGAGGAGGCAGUUCUUGGAUAAGGCCAUUGACGGCGAGUUGGCCAACAUGUAG